UCAAUGGACAAUAGUGUGUUAGGUAUUCUCAAACUUCGAAUCAUAAAAGGCAUUAAUCUUGCAAUUCGUGAUUCUCAUGCCAGUGAUCCUUAUGUCGUCGUCACAAUGGCUGAUCAGAAGCUGAAGACGCGUGUUAUAAAAAGCAACUGCAAUCCUACGUGGGAUGAAGAAAUGACCCUUUACGUAAAGGAUGUUAAUACCCCAUUACAUCUGACAGUUUAUGACAAAGACACUUUCACUGUGGAUGACAAAAUGGGUGAGGCAGAAAUAGACUUCAUACCUUUUCUUAAGUGUAAGAAGAUGGAAUUGAAAAACCUCCCAAAUGGUUGCGCAGUGAAGAGGAUCCAACCAAAUAGAAGUAAUUACCUUGCUGAAGAGAGCAGUUGUGUUUGGAAUGAUGGUGAUAUUGUCCAAAAAAUGAUUUUGAGAUUGAAAAAUGUUGAGAGGGGUGAAGUGGUUGUGCAAAUUCAGUGGGUUGAUGUUGUUGGUUUCAAGGGCUUAUCACAUAUAAAACUUUGA